AUGGAUGCUGUGAAAAGUGCGAUUUUGCAUGAUACGAAUGAACUUUUGCAGGCCAUCUAUGGUCAGGCGGUUGAUCGAGCUGUUGUCAACACUUAUGCUGACCAGCUGAUGAAAACAAUAACUCCUCGUUUAGGUUCACAGAAGAAUGUUGAGCAAGCGAAGAAAAUAAUUUGUGAUGGAAACCCGGAGGGGAAAGCAUUCUUGGAGAAGUACAACGAACUCAAACUGAAGAACAUUCGGGAACUGGAUCCUUUUGUAUACCUUCUUGCAAAAAUUAAGUGUGACUCUGAUCUUUCGAGAACGCUUCGUAAUUUAAAUGGAGAAUGUAAUGACACUCCGGAUGGUCCCGAUUACGAGUCGUUUGACCAACUGCAAAUGCGAAUUCAAAACAGCAAUACGAAUGCUCUUCUGGGACCGCUGCGAUCAGAAGACUCUUCUGGUUUUGAGGCUGAUGACAAUCUUCAACAGCCCCAUGGUAACGUGGGAUGCCUUGGUGACUCCCAUCACCUUCCUCACUAUUACGCCACUUUUGCGACUGCUGAUAGAGCUGAGGGGACAAAGUCAACAUCGAAGUCUAAGGACAGUAACUCACAGUGUCGAAAGGCUUCGUGUCAAUUCCCCCGGUGGAUGUACGAAACAUUCUACUUGUCAGCAGAUUUUCUACCGGCAAACCUUUUUACUUCAAAGACACCUCCUGUUCUUCCGCUUGAAACGUUGCCAUUGAAUGUUCAAGAGAAGUUAGUUGUGCAGGAUCUCUUGGCAUGUUUGCAGGGCAGUGACGGAGUCUAUAUCAAAGCUCUGAACAUAAAAAAUCCUCAUGCAGUACGAAAUUUUGCGAUUGAUAAAAAAAUGCACCCGUCACUCGUGGAUACGGUGAACAAAGUUGUUCCCAUGAUUUCGCAAUAUUCCCUGAUCGUCAGGUUCAUUGAAGAGAAAUCCCGAUAUGAGUAUGGUCGUGUGAAUCAGGCAUUAUGUGAAGCAAUGGAGCAAUUUCUGCAAGAGUACUGGAAGCUCCUUUGCCAGCUCGAAGCUCAGUAUCGUGCUAACCAACUAGGAAUUUCGCGUCUUCUUCUACUUUUAAAGGACACCGGUCAUCUAUUCAGUCAACUUGCUCAGCUGGCAACGAAUAUCAAUACUGGUGGUUGUGUGGGUGGUGCAACGCUUUCUCUACUCUACGAGAGUCUCCGAGGUCAGGUAUCAGUAAUAAGUCGUGUUCACGACUGUCUGUUCUACCUUCUUCGCUCCUCCUGCCGACCCUUCUUCGAAUCCCUAAGUUACUGGAUUUACCGUGGCUUCCUCCGACCCGACGAUGCCGAGAGGGGCGAGUUCUUUAUCGUGAAGUCCUCAGCGCUACCGCUACCGAGCCAAGAGAACGAUACGGCUAGGGAUUAUAUCAAUUCAGCUUAUUAUUGGGAGCGAAGCUACUCCAUUCUAUCCACUCAAUUACCUGGAUUCUUGGAAUCACGUGCAGAAAAAGUUUUGGCUACUGGAAAGUAUCUCAAUGUGGUGCAGCAGUGUGACAGUUCGCUGCAGCUGGCUGAACCGGAGGAUCUGGUCUUUAGUGAAACAGAAAUUGACUUCCUGUCAAAAAUUGAUAAGGCUCACGCGUUCGCUAGUCGCACUCUGCUGGAUUUCAUUCUCAAACAAAAAGAUCUCAAAGGCAUUCUCAAAUCAAUUAAACGCUAUUUCCUGCUGGACCAAGGUGACUUCAUUGUCCAUUUCAUGGACACCGCUGCUGCAGAAUUGAAGAAGCCAGUAUCCCAAGUUUCGAUCAGUGGACUCAAUUCCCUCCUCGAAUGGGUACUGCAAACCAGCUCAGCUGCCUGUGACCCCUACAAAGACAACCUCAGGGUGGUAAGUACGAAUUGUGAUUUGAUCACGCAAAUGCUGACCCUUCAUGUGGCCGCUGACGGCAGCAAUGCUAACACCAUAAUUGACAUGGAUCCAAGCGCAUUAGAAGCCUUCUCUUUGGACUACAAAGUGGAGUGGCCGACGGCUCUAGUCAUAAAUCGUCCCGUCAUAGAUCGUUACCAAAUGCUUUUUCGACACCUCUUCUACUGCCGUCAUGUUGAGCGUCAUCUCUCCACAUCCUGGGCUAUGCGGAAGGCAGCUCGUCGAGCAACAGCCGCUGGCGCCCUCGCCUUCAAUAACGCCUUUAUUCUUGGCCAGCGGAUGUUAACUUAUAUCCAAAACCUCCAAUACUACAUGACCUUUGAGGUACUCGAACCUAAUUGGAACAGCUUCUUCCAAUUCCUCGACAAGGCUGACAACUUGGAUGAAGUGUUGAGGGCGCAUGAACGAUGUCUCGAGAUCUGUAUGGAUGACUGCCUACUCACAUCGCCAGAUCUGUUGGCGCUGGUAGGCAAGUUGAACGCCGUAUGCAUCCAAUUUGCCAACUGCCUCAACCGCCUGGCUGAUGCGAGUUUGGACGACACUCUGGACAGCGUACCGAUGAGCACUGCCGCCUCUAUGCAACACCGACUGGGAGCUGCUGGUGACUCUGGUAGAACAGGCACUGUCUCCGCCUCGCCCUCUUUCACUAACCUCGCCGUCACUCCUGGGCCUGCCGCAUUUCGUGGCGAUCGACGCCGUCGCGGCUCCAUAGCCAGUAGCGAUGGUGGUAGCCUCUUUAAAGCUGGAGAUAGCACCGCUUCAUCUCUCGCUGGGUCCUCGCUUGAUGUGCGUAGACGGGUUGCAGCCUCGGAUUUGGGGAUCGUUGGAUCAAACGAACGUUUUGCCAUUGCAGUGGAGGAUUUUGGCCUCAAGUUUAACACUCUCAUCGUCGAUUUGCUCGUCAAAAUUCGUCGGCCAGUGGAUCGUGAAAGAGACAAAUUACUCAGUCUCGCUGCUAGGUUGGAUUUCAAUGGAUUCUACGCUCGCUAUAGUGCAGAAGCAGCGACUCGCAAUGGCGUUGUUUAUAGCAGCCUUGGAGGCGGAAUUGGCUCUGGUAGCUCUCUGCGACCAUCAAGCUCGAUGAGCAGUUUGGCGACGUUGGGAGGAUUCUCCGUCGCUCCGCCUCGUCGCUUCACUGAGACGGGAGACGAAGAGAGUGCUCCACCGCCCAUCACGUCUCAGCGACGGAAAUCAGCGAUGCCACCACCUGCCCAACCUCGUGAUCGACGUCACGCCACGACUCAUCAUUCUCCUGCUACCAACCCCAGUGCAAGUGAACAAUGA